AUCCAAGUGCCAAUCCAUGUAUACUUAGUCUACCCAUUGGAAUUGGUACGUGGUGACCCUGGCCACGUUCAUCUUUGAUGAAAGACAGCGGUCGACAAUAUCUACGUACCACGAACUGCCCAGGAAGUUGAAGCGACUUUUUCGAACCGAUUAUCGACGAUUGGGAUACUCACGAUCGAGCCGAGAGCUUGCAUCAUAUUCCCUGCUGUCUUUGUUGUACGCAGAGCGAAGAUGCCCCUACGGCAAUCUUAAAUCUCCUUUAGCAUCAUCGAAUCAACACCAAAACGCGUACUGUCCCUCUUCUUAGACGUCGAUCAGAGGCAGACUUGCCGACAACCUCUGCCCUAUUUCGCCACAGGAGAUACACUCAUGACCUAACGCACUGCGAUCUUUUACGACAGUUUUGUUGACCAGCGAGCUCGGUGAGCCAACAACCGGGAUCAUGGCGGCCAACACCAACAGAGUAUCGAUCUAUACAACGGGCUCAGGAGACUCCGAAGGCCGCGAUGGCGAACAGAAGAAGGAUCUUUGGACAUCUAUGCUAGAGUCUGUCGCCAGUGGCAAACGACUACCGGAAAAGAACCUCAUUGUGCUAGGUGGCACUCCUGAGAACCAAAGAGAGUUCCUCGAAUCGCUCUCCAGCUCCGAACCAAAACGUAAUGCGGACCGGCUUAAGAUACCGCCGAUUGCGAACAACUUUGCGCUGGGCUAUACAUACUACGAUGUUCUCGACACCGACCAAGACGACACUCUUGCACGAGUUUCGCUCUAUUUCCUCUCCCAACCUUCACCUGAAUUUGCAUCUCUCGUUGCGCCCCUACUUACCCCUGAAACGAUCCCCAAUACUGCUCUUAUCAUUCUUCUCGACUGGUCACAGCCGCAUCUAUGGCUACGACAAAUAUGGACAUGGGUUCAGGUUAUACAAGAAGUUCUCAAAAAGGUCGACACAGAACAACAUGCCAUCAUGGAAGAAGUCAUGUCGACUUGGAAAGAAAGGGGUCGAGGAGGCGCAACAACUAACUUAGAUGGAACACCCUCAGCUACGGCUACCGGCGGCGAUGGAGAUAGUGCACUGCCUCUGGGACCAGGAGAAUGGGAGGAGCCUCUGGGUCUGCCACUUUGCGUAGUGUGCCAGAAUGCCCAAAAAAUGGAGUUUCUCGAAAAGAGUCAGGGUUGGAAAGAGCCAGACUUUGAUACAGUAUUACAAUAUCUGCGAACAAUUUUGCUGAGACAUGGUGCCUCUCUCAUUUACACUUCACAAAAUGCACCUUCUCAGCUACCCUCUCUCAUUCACUCAACCCUUGGAAUUACCUCUCUUCUCAAGCGUCACCCACUGAAGAACAACGUUAUCGACCGCGACAAGAUUGUCGUUCCAACGAACUGGGAUUCGUGGAGCAAGAUUCGAGUUCUUGGCGGUUCUUUUGACCCGGAGCCUGUUUCGAACACAUGGUCUCAAGAUCUCGGCAUUGAUCUCUACUCUAUGCCCUUCGAUGAUGCAGACAAGAUAAGCGACAAAGAAGCAGAAAUCAGGAAACUAAACAGUGCCAUUGCGCGAUACGAGGGAUGGUGCCGCGAUCCUAACAGUGGUGGUCUCGCAGUUGUUGAGAAUGCCAUGCACGGCGAGAGGUGGAUCACGGUGGAGAGUGACGACACCCAAGAAUUCCUUGAGAAGCAGCUCAAGAUUCUCGAGGUAUUCAAGGCAAAGUUGCCAGAGAAGGGCAGCGACAAUGCCAUCGUUCGUAGUACUCGUCACAUCGACUACACUGGCGAUGAGACGACUAUCAGCGAGCACAUUGGACCUGUACAAUUCAAUAUGGGCGGUAUCCAAGUCGAUGCCGAUGAUAUGUUGCAGCGUCUCAAGGAUCGUAAUGCAUUUAGUUCUUCCCCAAGCAACGAAGAGGAGGAGGCUGAUACACCUGCUGCGAACAUGGCCAAGGACUUUGAUAACGAGCAACUGCAAAGCUUCUUUACAGGUUUGAUGAACCGCAAGGGCACUGGAGAUACAUCUAGAUCUUGAGAAAGGAGUAACAAAUGCCCCACCCAAAGAAUUAUGGACGAUCCCCUUUUCUUUUCAAGAUAUUGUAUUUGUCGACCCUUAGUGCUCAGUGAGCGUCAUGGACCAAUAUUUGGAGAAGGGGCUGGUGACCAAUGUAGAUUAGAUACCCCUGAAAUGAUAAAUUUGAUAAUAUCUUACGCGUAUUGACGGACUGUAGCAUAAACCUUACAGUCUAUAUUUCUAACUG